UUGUAGGUCACAUGACCGUGGAACAGCAGUCGAGUACCACAAGAACAGAAACAGAAGACCUCAACAAUGCUGCUCUUCUGCAGCACAAAUACAACCUUACUAAGUCUAAAAGUAAAGAAGAGGAGGUAGGUGGUCCUACUCUUCUGGAGGUCCUCGAACUUCAGAGAUCCUCAGCUGUAGUAUCUCGUUCUGGUACUAAAGGUGGACAUUCGGCACGUGGUGAUGGAAGUAAUAACAUUUCUGGCGGAUCAGAUGAUGGAUCUCAACCCCCUCUCAGAUUAGCAUGGCUGUCAAGAUAUGAUCAGAGAAUAAUUGAUCUGAUAUUCUGGAAGAGUAAAACAAAAUCCUUCUUCACCUUCAGUUGGAUAAUCACAAUUUUGGUGGUCUUGCGAACCCACUCCGCCGCCUACGUCCUCUCCGCAGCACUGAUGAGUCUGAUGAUUGUGAUGAUGUUGUUUGUGGGAGGGAGCACAGUACUUCAAGCUGCCACAUUACACACAGCCAAACAUCCGUUCGCUUCAACACUCUCCGGGGACAUCACCUUACCUGAGUCCAUGCAGAGCACUAUAUCAGAUGUUCUCCUGAGUCUUAUCAAUGGUUCCCUGGACUUUGUCGGCAGGAUCGUUCUUGUUCAGAGUUUUAGUUUGACCCUCAGAGCCAUCACUCUGCUGUGGAUUAUUUGGGCCCACAUUGAUGACAUCUACCUCCUACUCAUUAUUAUGACCUGUGCUUUGUUCUUCAUCCCAAAAUUCUAUCAGGAGCACACCGAUACGUGUGAAUCAGUAAUUGAAGUGUACGAAGAAAACAGCCUUACUGGAGUUAUCUCCGCUCAAUUUGAAACCCUGGAGGCAGAGCAAGACGCUGCUAACAAAAACCCACUCAAUGGAAAUUUGGUGACAAAUUCAAAAGAAGUUCUCACGGCGUCCAUCACCGGGAUACUGAUUGUGUUGCUGGUGAAAUAUUUCCUGGCUAAUGAUCAGGGUGAGAUUCCACAUCUUUUCACUUAUAUUUGGUCUCUCUACCAAUCUGCAGUGAAAUCUAGUCAGUGAAAUGUGUACAGAUGUUUUCUUUUCUUGCUGUGCGCCUUUCCUAGAACGAAGAAACUGCUAUUAAAAUGUUUGUUGUGAUAUUUUAUUCGAUGACUAAAUUCGAAUGAAUAUCAUCGGCAUUACACAUCAGUAAUUUAUUAUAGGACUGCACCAAUUGCACUGUUUCGGUUUAUAGAUCUUAAUUUAUGAUUUUGUUCUGAUAUCAUCAUAUAUACAUAUUACAUAAUUACAUAUAUUAUGCAUGUUGCCUUGCAGGUGUUUUUAUGUUUUAUCGUUUGAAAUGUUUUGUAUAAUUGAUUUGUUGAUGGUGUAACAUAGUCACUCAUAAUUAUAUAAAUACAUAUUACAUACGUUAUACAAAUAAUAAAUACGCGUCUUAAUGUAUCAUCCACAACUGUAACUUGAUUUGAUUUCUAUUUCUUUUUUAGCAUGAUAUAUAAAUCAAUUAUUAAAUCUGUAGGUGCUAUCAGAAUUGAUCUGUUGUAUUCAGUCUUGGAUUAAAAUAUUAAUUUUCGAUUGCAGAAUUAUGAUUUCCGCAAUUCAAGGAAUUUACGUUGCUAAUCUAUGAUACAAUCCAUGAAACAAAAAAUGAAAGCAUCUAUGUAUGUAUCCGGUAUCGUCGAUCACAAACUAAAUAAAGCGAAUUAUAAAGUUUAAGCUGCUGUUAGUAGAUGAAGUUAUAGAUGAAUAUAUGAUGAGUUGUGUGCUGAGUAUGUGUAGGUAUUGGGGGUUCUUUCCGAAAGUGAACUUAGUCAACAACUAAACUCUCAAUUGAAGCAAAAAGUAUUUCCGAAACAACUUUUAGGUGCGAAAACUUGUGUUUGAUUUAAAACCUAAAUUUUUACCUAAGUCAAUAAUUCAACUUAAGCUCUACAACGUUUUGAACUUAAAUGUAACUGUGGUCCGGACACUACUUCAGUAGAAUAGAUGUAUGUUCUUCAUUAUGGUAUGAUACAAAGAAAUACAACGCCUUGAUGUCAAUUAAAAUAUAACGGGCAAUUUCCUUUCUCCGUCCCCUUCCUCUCCACAGAAGGGUACUGUUCAUGAUGUGAUCUCUUAAGCACAAAGACUGAGCGUUUAAAAGGAAGAAUUCUUUGCGGUUGACAUAGAUCUCCUCGUUGGUUUUUGGAGCUUUCUUCCUUAUCUGAGUUUCAUCUAUCGCUCUCGACCAACUACGGAACUGUCCCUACUCCGAGAAGCCUUCCUUGACUUUUUUAAUUAUGCUGACCUCGAUCACGGACGGAAAAUGCUCAAAGUGGACCAUGAUAUCCAGGUGCCUCUGAAGUUCUAAUGAUUAUCUUGAAUGUGAUGGAUCUAUUCACAUGGAGAGUUUGUAGAGAAUUUCCUGACACGAAGAAGUUGAGACUUCAGAGUGAUAUUUAAUUGGUCGAGGGCAGAUACUUCUGUUUUGGUGUGUGGUGCCUGUGUUGCCUCGAGUAAAAUUGUGUAACUCGUAAUUAUCCAAUUGUAGAAGCACUCCGACUAACACACAACGUGCAAAUCAACAAAAUGUCCGCACUGAACUGUGUACAGAGUUUUAAAGCUGAGUUUUAGUGCAGCUCAACAAAUAAUAUACACGUGUCUUCUUAUUCUUACGUGUACUUAAUUGUAGUUUCGAAAACGACUCAAGUGCUAGACGCGAGUUAAAUAUAUAAAAAGGUUAAAGUAAAGUGUCGGAAAUACAUAAUAAGUAGAGUUUCGGAAACACUUGAUACGAAUUUAAUUGAGUCACAUAGUGUUCAUUACUACCACUUAAAAGUGUAAUUUUGGAAAGAACCUCCAGAAUAUUAAUUGUAAGUAAAUUUCAGUUUUGACUAUUGUGCUAUUUUGAAUUUAUUGUUUUGUGUUUUUGAAUUAAAAUGCUGUAUUACAUACAUUACA